GUUGGCUCUCACAAAAUACCAUUUCAAUUACUUACCUUUCCUUUUUCAUUUCACUUGCGUUUCGCUUGUUUCUUUCCUGGUUUUCUACUGUGAUUUUGGCAGUUCCAUUUUGAAACCUCCCAAUCCAGAAUCUGGGUUUUCAUUUACUCUCAAGAGAUCAUCAAACCAAACCGAACUGUCUCUGUGUUUUUUUCUUCUUCUAAUUUUCUUUUUAGAACUAGAAUGAAACUGAGGCUUUUGCUUGCUUUGUUCUUCUCCUUGAUUUGUUAGAUAAUUCAGUUUCGGUGAGGAUCUUCCAACAAAUAGCCCAAAAAGAAGGAAAAAGUAACCUCUCCUCGAGAAAUCCAUCGUUCUCUUGGGAAACUAAACACUAGUUAACAGUGGGAAAUUCUUCACUUUCCCAGUAGCCAAACAAAUAAGGAGAAAACCCCAGUCUUCGUCUUGCCUGAGUUUCACAUAGUUAUUGCCAGCCAGUCAGGAAUGGUUUAAACAUUGGAUUUAUAGCUCAAUAAUUCCUUUCCUUGAAUUCCAAAUAUGGCCCUCAACAUCACUCCAUGUUGCUGCUUUAUACUGUUCUCAGUCAUGUCUUCUGCUGUUUUCUCGCCUUGUUCCGCCAUUAACGGCGAAACCCGAGCUCUUAUCGACUUCAAAAACAAGCUCAAAGAUCCUUUAAACGUCUUGGAUUCAUGGAAAGAAUCAGAUUCUCCAUGCACAUUCUAUGGAAUUACUUGUGACCCUGUUUCAGGCAAUGUCACGGGGAUUUCACUUGCUGGGGAAUCACUUUCCGGUGAAAUUUCACCUUCCAUUUCAAUGCUUCAAAGUCUUCAAAGCCUUUCUUUGCCUCAGAACGCAAUUUCUGGGGAACUUCCAGAAGAAAUAAACCAUUGUUCAAAUCUCAGAGUUCUGAACUUGACCGGGAAUAAAAUGGUGGGAGUUAUCCCGGUUUGGAUAGGGAACUUAACUGAACUGACUUAUCUCGCUUUAGCUGAAAAUGAUUUCUAUGAGAGUGAGCUUCCGGAGAGUAUCGGGAAUUUGAAGAACCUGACUUACUUGUAUCUUCCCAAUUCCAAUCUUAUAGGGCAGAUUCCAGAGUCCCUGUUUGAGUUGCAGGCCUUAGAGGUAUUGGAUGUGUCAUGGAACAAGAUUUCUGGGAUUAUCCCGAACUCGAUUUCGAAACUGAAAAACCUUAACAAGAUUGAGCUGUAUCGCAACAAUUUGACAGGGGAGUUGCCACCAGGGAUAACUGAUCUUCCUCUCUUGAAAGAAAUCGACAUCUCCUCGAAUCAUAUGCACGGGACAUUGCCGAAAGAGCUUGGAAACCUGAAUUUGACUGUGUUCCAAUGUUACUCCAACAACUUUUCUGGAGAGAUCCCUGCAGGAUUUGGAGAUAUGAACCAUCUUAUAGGGUUCUCGGUCUACCAAAACCGGUUUUCCGGUGAAUUUCCUGCCAAUUUGGGCCGGUUCUCACCGUUGGAAAUAAUCGACAUAUCGGAGAAUCAAUUUUCAGGUGAAUUUCCCAGGUUCUUUUGUGAGGGAAGAAAGCUAACACUUUUACUGGCUCUUGAAAAUAACUUUUCAGGACAGUUUCCGGAUUCGUAUGCUGAAUGUAAAUCACUGCUAAGGCUCAGGAUCAACAAGAACCGAUUUUCCGGAGAAGUUGCAGAUGGACUUUGGGCACUUCCGCAUGCGAACAUAAUUGAUUUUGGUGAUAAUAACUUUACCGGAGGAAUAGCUGCCAGCAUUGGAUCUUCCACCAACUUGACUCAGUUGGUUUUGCAGAACAAUAGAUUUUCAAGUAAUCUUCCAUCGGAACUUGGCAAGUUGAUCAACUUAGAGAAGCUUCUUUUGAAUAACAAUAACUUUCCUGGAGAUCUACCUGCUGAGAUUGGUGCUCUGCAGCAGUUAUUUUCGUUGCAUCUCGAGCAAAAUUCAAUUACCGGAUCGAUACCGGUGGAACUAGGUAAUUGUGUUAAGUUGGUGGACUUGAAUCUUGCUGGUAAUGAUUUCAGUGGCAUUAUCCCACCAACAGUUUCAUUCAUGCCCUCUUUGAACUCUUUGAAUCUUUCGGGAAACAAACUUACCGGUCCAAUUCCGAAGAAUCUCGAAAACCUGAAGCUGAGUUCCAUUGAUUUGUCUGAUAACCAAUUGUCUGGAAAUGUUCCUCAUGAGCUCUUGACCAUCGACGGAGAGAAAGCAUUUAUUGGUAACGGGGGACUCUGCAUUGACCAAAAUACUAAAACUCGUAUGAACGCCGGUACAGUGCUCAAUGUUUGCAAGGAAGAUCGGGACUGGAAAAGGGUAUUCAGAGAUAAAUCAGCUUUGUACAUCGUUAUAGCUGUUGUUUUGUUUAUUGUUCUAGCUGGACUACUGCUUCUGAGUUACAAGAAGUUCAAGCGUAGUCAAGCAGACAUUGAGAACAGUAUCGAAGGCGGCAACAAAGUUAGUCCGAAAUGGGAAAUUGCAUGUUUCCACAACAUGGAUAUCGAAGCUGAGGAAAUAUGUAAUCUAGAGGAGCAAAAUCUGAUCGGAAGCGGCAGUACCGGAAGAGUUUAUCGCCUGGAUUUGAGGAAAAAAGGUGUUGUGGUCGCUGUGAAGCAACUGUGGAAAGGGGAAGGCCUCAAGGUUUUGGCGGCAGAGAUGGGAAUCUUGGGCAAAAUUCGGCACCGAAACAUUCUGAAGCUCUACGCAUGUCUGACGAAAGGCGGAUCAAGCUAUUUGGUAUUCGAAUACAUGGAAAACGGAAACGUUUAUCAAGCAAUCCGCCGAGUGAAAAAAGAUGGGAAGCCAGAGUUGAAUUGGCAUCAAAGACAUAAGAUUGCCUUGGGAGCUGCCAAGGGAAUUUCUUAUCUGCACCAUGAUUGCUCCCCUCCUAUCACUCACAGGGAUAUAAAAUCAUCCAACAUUUUACUUGAAAAGGAUUACGAGCCGAAAAUCGCUGAUUUCGGGGUCGCAAAGAUUGCAGAAAAAUCUCUCAAGGGAUCUGAAUGGAGCUGUUUUGCAGGCACCCAUGGCUAUAUUGCUCCUGAGCUUGCAUAUACUCUAAAAGUUACUAGGAAAAGCGAUGUUUAUAGUUUCGGAGUAGUGUUACUGGAACUAGUAACCGGAAGAGCAGCCAUUGACGAAGAGUACGGAGAAGGACAAGAUCUUGUUCACUGGGUUUUAACUCACCUCAACCGCCAUGAAAAUGUCAUCAAAAUUCUCGACAGACAAGUAGCCACCGAAACAGCCACGGUCCGAGACGACAUGGUUAAAGUCUUGAAGAUCGGCAUCCUCUGCACUGCCAAACUUCCGAAUUUGCGUCCCACCAUGAGAGAGGUAGUCAAAAUGCUCGUUGAUGCUAAACCUGUCAUUCCCGUGUCUCCGGAUGACCGAUCUAACGAGGAUCAAUAGAAGGUUUUUGUUAUAUAUGUAAAUGUAUAUAUAUAACUACGUUACUAGUAAACAAAAUCGGAUAGAAAUAUAUUAAGUGUUGUGCUACAAGUUUUGGGAGGCUUUAGGUGUUGAAGAAGUUAAAAGCUUUGCUUCCAAGAUAUUACUUUGUUGGAAUGUGACUGAAAUUUUUAGGGUUUUU